CCGUAGAAAAAAAAAUCUAUCAAUCCUCGGGUGGAGAGCGUUGCCCCCCCUUCCUCCACAAGGCAACUGUUUGCCCGGGACCCGUUGGUGAACCUCCUCAAAUUGGCGCACUAAUCCUAAAAGGAGCCAUGAAGUGUUAAAUGGUAGAAACAGAGAGAGCGGCGCUCAGACACCCGCACGCUGGGAGAGAGGGAGGAAACCGCGCAGCUCCAAUGCGUCUGUGCGGCACAGACUGAAGGAAAAAAAAAAAAACUUAUCGACGCGCAAAACCAAAACCUGCGCCGCGCAAUUAGUGCGAGAAAACCCACUUUUCCUUCGGUUCUGAAGAAAAUAAAUAAAGAAAUCAGGCUGGCUCAGUGCGUGUCUCAGCAGCCCACUUUGACAGGUGCUCCUCACCCCCUUUGGAGGACUGUCAACAGCAAGAGGAUGGCAUCAGAACUGGCAAUGAGCAACUCCGACCUGCCCACCAGUCCCCUGGCCAUGGAAUAUGUUAAUGACUUCGAUCUGAUGAAGUUUGAAGUGAAAAAGGAGCCGGUGGAGCCCGAUCGCAGCAUCAGCCAGUGCAGCCGCCUGGUCGCCGGGGGAUCCCUAUCUUCCACCCCGAUGAGCACGCCUUGCAGCUCGGUUCCCCCCUCUCCAAGCUUCUCGGCGCCCAGUCCGGGAUCAGGGAGCGAACAGAAGGCGCACUUGGAGGAUUUCUACUGGAUGACCGGGUACCAACAGCAGUUGAACCCCGAGGCUCUGGGCUUUAGCCCGGAGGACGCCGUAGAGGCGCUGAUCAGCAGCAGUCACCAGCUCCAGACCUUCGAUGGCUAUGCCAGGGGGCAGCAGUUCGGCGGCUCAGCCGGGGCAGGGGGCGCCAUGGCCGGGGAGGAGAUGGGAUCAGCGGCCGCCGUGGUGUCCGCAGUCAUCGCUGCAGCCGCAGCUCAGAACGGGGCUCCUCACCUCCAUCACCACCAUCACCACCACCACCACUCAGGGGCUCACCACCCGUCCUCCGGGUCUCAGUCCAGCGGCAGCGGGGGGGGAAGCCACCAGCACAUGCGCCUGGAUGAUCGGUUCUCGGACGAGCAGCUGGUGACCAUGUCGGUGCGGGAAUUGAACCGGCAGCUCCGGGGGGUCAGCAAGGAAGAGGUGAUCCGCCUGAAACAGAAGCGACGGACAUUAAAGAACAGGGGCUAUGCCCAGUCCUGCCGGUACAAGCGGGUCCAGCAGCGGCACGUCUUGGAGGGGGAGAAGACGCAUCUCAUCCAGCAGGUGGACCACCUCAAGCAGGAGAUCUCCCGGCUGGCCAGGGAGAGGGACGCCUACAAGGAGAAAUACGAGAAGCUCAUCAGCACCGGCUUCAGAGAAAACGGAGGAUCCGGCAGCGACCACAACCCGUCAUCCCCGGAGUUUUUCAUGACGUCAAGAAAAUUCCUCCAUCUGUGAUAGAGAGCUGUGAUCUCUGCCCCCUCACCCUCUAGUCUGAGAUAUGACGACGGAACGCUGAUGUUUCAGGAGCAACCUACGGCAUCCCGACUGCCAUAAAGCACAAGGUCUCUAAAGCGUCCAAACAGAGAAACAAACCCAAGGCCAGAGUUCAACAUUAAUUCAACGGAAUGAAGAAGAAAAAAAAAACAACAACAAAAGACUUGAAAUCCCAUAUUUUUCUGGUCAAACAACAAGGGAGGAAACACAGAAAUUAAAGAUCACGGACUCUGGAAAUAAGAUUCUCCACCAACUGUGUUCAAGUGGACACAGAUCAACCCGUUAAUACCUCCAAAUUGUAAUUGAGACUUACCAGAGUAUAGAUUAUUAAUACUUAGGCUGAGUCCGAUAGCGAACAGAAAAAAUAUGAUGUCCACCCCCUUUUAGCACAUGCCCCGAAAUCAGGAUGUAAAUAAUGUACAGUAAACGAAUAGGGACAUUGAUAGGAGAUGAAACUAUUGCAGAAUAUUGUAUAUAGCCAUAAGGAUCAUACUUCUAGUGUGUUUAUAUAUCCAUAGGUGUCACAUGCCCAUUACUCCUUAUUUCUUUUGUGCCCCCCAAAAAAAAGAUUUAGCACAAUGAUUAAACAAUUCUCACUGUGUCUGGAUAGGAAACAUCAUUAUCUACAUAGAGCUCGACAACAGGAAACUGAAAACACAGACAAUAAUUGGAAAGACAGAAUAUUCGACGGGUGGUUCACUAAUACUGGAAUCAGGUGCGUCUGCUUUGGAGUGGAUGCUUCCUAACUCACCCUGUGCUGUUAGCGAGACAGGUCAUUUCCAAAUACACAGUCCUCAAAUGGACGUCACAAGUUUAUAAAAGAAAGAAAGAACAAACUGUAAGACCCCUGAAUUCAUCACAAAUCCCCCCCCCCCCCCCCACCACUGUAAAGAACCACAAC